AGGUGCUCGAAAGAUGCCGGUACCGGUGCCAGGUACCAUCAACAUACAGCAGCACAAUCACAGCAAGCUCAGGUUCUUCUAUAGCUAUAGAUAGCUAGGCAUUGGCUAUCUAAAUUGUCUUUGUACAUCUCCAUCAACGGCAUCAGGAGGCAGUUGCAACACUGAUAAGGAACCAUGAGGCGUCUGGCAGGCAAGCAACCGCGGCGAGCCACCCUGGUGUCGAGUUCUGUUCGUACUAUUAGUAGACCUUCCCUAGCGUUACCUUUGGAAGCGGCGCUGCGAGACUUGGAACGUGACUUGAACGAGUAUGCGAAUGAGUACACUGCACUUUCAACCACUGAAGUCAGGCAAGUAGAAGUUCAGGAACAAACAGAGCAAGUUGAAGCUUUGCAAGGCUCACGGGAUACCUCUACCGGUACUGGUACCGAUACAGCGAAAGAUCCCAAUGGCAGUAAGUUGGAAGAAAUGCAGACAGGUUCAGCUUUCAGGAUUUCAAAUUCAGCUCUAGGGGCAGCUGCACCUGAACAUAGCUUGAGAGUGUCAGGUGCAGAAGAUGCUUUUUUAUCCACAAGAGAUAGUCAGUUCCGGGUGGCAAUGUUCCGUCCAGAACAGCGCGGGACAAGUCUGAUAGAACUCUUUACCAAGCUGGUCUGGUUUUCUCAGACACACAAAUGGGUCGACCCACUCAACAUGGCCCUCAUUCUAGUCUGUCUCCUUGCUACAUUGGGGGCGUUUUGUCUCCUCACACUGAACCAAGCAGAUACCGAGGAGAACGUGGGGUUCUUUACUCCCCUUUGGGCCAGAAUACUAUGCGUCAUCCUUGCAGUACUCUCGGGAUUGCGCCCCUUCGCCAUUCUCAUUCUAGGACUGCCCCUCUUGCGACAAACAGAGAUCACCAUGACAAUCCUGAUCGACAACCUCGUAUGGAUUUUUUCAGUUGCCAUUACAUCUUAUUCGGUGUUUCAUGUGCAUGAAAAUGACCCUGUCGAUGAAGGAAGAAUUGCUCUUGUGGGAUUCAAUUCACUGGUAUUUGCCAUUCGGCUCAACACUCAUAUUGUCCACAAUGCGGCAGUUUCUUCCCUCAUGAUUCAUCGCCGUCCCCGUCAUCGUCAUCAAUCCAACAAGGAGGAAAGCAGCUUGCUUAUCCCUGUUGACGAAGUCUGUACCCGCAUCCAGCAAGCAAAUGGAAUUUCAACAAAAUACAAAACCAUUCUAUUGGGAAUGACAGAAUUUGCAGAUACUGACCACGAUGGUCAUUUGACCCAAGGAGAUUUCUUAAUGUUGUCACGGGAUAUUGACACGCUCUUCCUGAGGGCAUUUAUGGCAGGCGACAAAUCAAAUGCAAAUGGAAAGGAACUCAGGGCGCAGCUUCAAUACCAAAAAAUGGCACCUGUCUGUGGAGUCAGUGUCCACCAAGUUGAGGGAGGAUUGCCUUAUGAUCCAGACGAUGAUGAAGAUGAUGAAGGUGGUACCAUUUUUUCCACCAUGGUUGUGGCCAUUCGACAGCUCUUUCAGGCACAACAAUUCUUGUCCUGGGCUGCCAUGUUUAUGCUAUUUGUCAGUGCCAUGAUCACUCCCCUAUUCGAUUUUCUCGUCGGUGUCAUGGUCAAUUGGGCCAUUGAAAUCGCAAAUGAGCAAAUGGACAAUCAACACAAUUUCAUGCUCGGACUGUGGGGGGUAUUCGUCAUCUUUUUAGCGGACGAAGUCGUCUUUUACAUCCUAUCCGCCAUGGUCGCAAAAAUGAUUGCCCACGCCUCGAAAAGAAUUCAGAGUGAAAUUGUGCACGGUGUCUUGGAUGGAGACGCCUCCUUUGAACGCAAGCACAGGCCUGCUUCGUUGGCCAAUGUCUUUACGGCUGGAAUUGCCAAGCUCGAAAACGUGUGGGACUUUUGUUUGAUGGAGGCUGUCUUCUCCUUCUUUAGUUUGAUCUCGGCGCUCUUCUUUCUGAGUCUCUACAAUUUUGGAUACACAAUCUUUGUGCUGACGGCCAUUCCAUUCUUGGCAUCCCUGAAACCCAUGGAAACCCAAGCCGUCACGGCCAGUGACCAGUCCGAUCAAGCCAAUGCAGAACUUUUUGGUCGGUUCCAAAAUACAAUUCAUCUCCGUCGAGCUGCUCAGGUCGGCAAUCGACGAGACUUUGUCGCAAACCGAUUUCACAAUCCACUUCUAGAAGAAGCGGCCGGACACAACUUUUGGUCAUGGCUUUGGAGCUAUGUUGUGGUGGCCGUGUACAGCACCGUGGGAUCCGCGCUGUACAUGGUCACAACAAUAAUCUUUUUAUUGCUCCUGUCCAAGGGAGAAAUUGAUUCGGGAGAGUUCUUUGCCGUAACUUCGUUUGUGUACGGGGUCUUGGAACCGAUUGAAGCUCUAGGACGAGUUUCGGGACAAGUCGUGCAGAAUGCAGGGGCUGUGCGGCAAGUACAACGAAUCCUCGAUGAUGCAAGGAAGAGUGGCAGAGACGACACUGGCAAUAAGGCAAAAAACGCCAACCCGCAGACGGAGCAAGCUCUGACUCUGAAGAAGCAAUUGGAGUUUGACAAUGUAAAGUUCUCGUAUACGCCCAAUGGACCUUUGAUUCUGAAAGGUGUGUCCUUCUCGAUCCCUGCUGGAUCGUACGUGGCCGUUCUUGGUUCUUCUGGGUCUGGAAAGUCCACUCUGUUGUCCUUACUCAUGGGCAUUCAAACGGCGCAAGAGGGCUCAAUCCGAAUGGAUGGUACCGCCAUUUCGACUGUGUCUCUUGAUACGCUUCGAGAUUCUCUUGCGGUUGUCUUCCAAGAGACGUUUGUUUUGGACGGCACAGUUUUUGACAACAUAUCCUUUGGCUGCAAUGCAACAAUGGAGCAAGUAGUUCAUGCGGCCAAGCAAGCGAGUGUCCACGAGGUGAUUGAGAAACUCCCCGAAAAGUACGACACAAUACUAGGAAAAGAAUCCGCGAUCAGCAUGUCCGGUGGCCAGUUGCAACGUAUCUGUGGCAUUGCUCGAGCUGUAGUUCAGGGAAAAGCCUUGCUCCUGCUAGAUGAAGCAACAAGUGCACUUGAUGCCAUUACAGAACACAAGUUCAUUGAAACGGUCGAGCAGCUACGAGAUGAGGGUUUAACGGUGAUCAGCAUUACCCAUCAUCCAUCGACUGCUCGGAAUGCUGAUAUGAUUUUGGUGCUGGACAAAGGAAUCGUAGUCGAAACGGGGGCCUAUUCGGAACUCAUUGACGGAGGUGGCCUAUUCUCGAGAUUAGCAUCUGCGUCAUAGGAGCCCAAAGAUACCGUACCAUACUACAUGUAGAAUUCGAGAUCCUUCAAUUGCCGAUCUGCAAAACGACAAUCCCAUAAACAAGUGCUUCUUUUGUCCCACCUAGACGGACGUGUCAGUUAAUGCAAAGCAGCAAACGAACGGGAUCCAAUAUACUCUCGACCCAGCAACGAAGGAACUCCGCCGCCUCUCGCUCGUCCAGGGGAAACGCUGCACGUCCUCAAAAAAGCCUCGUGGCAACUUGCUUUCCAAAUAGGAAAGUGGAACUCUGAACCAGGCAAAUCCAGCUCGGGAACCUAAUCGUUGCAACAUGCAUACCAAAGCAAGCACCUGUAGCCCCCGCUUUCCUGAGGGAGCCAAGGCAACCCAAAAGAUCUCUCGAUGCACCGGAGCGAGCACACGUUCCCACAAAGCUGCGAUGUGAAAUAGCAGAACGAUUGUGUGCUUCGCAGUCAAGUUGCAGGAUUUCCCCCAAGCCACAAACUUGGGAGUACUUUAUCAGGCUCGACAAUGUGCUUGCUCUUCCGGAUUCGAUUCGUUCGAAGCUUUCAUCUCGCUCACACAGCUUAUAGCCGGAGGUGAAGCAACCGGAAUGCUUUGGUUUGCCUGAACACGAUUGAAAGCGGUCGAGGCAUUGAUAUCAAUGCUGAGUGAGCAUCAAGAAGAGAUGAUGUCAAUGCAGAAGACUCAAGAAUGACGCCGGUCGCCGCGAACAGGAGCAGCUGCCUGUUACUAUAGUCGUAGUGAUGCUAUUGUUGCGCGUAUUGCAGCAGGCAGAGUUGAAAGCUGCGAACUGUCAUGUUGACGCUUCUGAAGGGCAUACACACAGCCUGGCCCGUCAGCAGAAUUUAAAACUACCGAAGUCUUCCAGAGAGACGAUCACCUAUUUUAUCAACUCAUAAUAUCUAUGGCCCCACACGCAGCCCUCCAUGACGUUACGGCUGCACCAACAGUUCUCGAUCCAUGGAGCUCACAGCCGUCUAUCCAUCCUUCAAGUAUGAUGCCAACAUAUUUUGCAGGGCCUCUCGUUUCACCGGCUUGGUCAAGUACGCGUCACAGCCAGCCGCAAGACAAGCCUCUUCGUCUUCUCUGUAGGCAGCCGCUGUGAGGGCCACCACGGGUAUUCUCCUAUUACCGGUACUAGCUUCGCUGCUUGCUACUCCCCGUUCGAUUUUUCGGAUCUCCUGCACCGCUUCCAAACCAUCCAUGACAGGCCUGCACGUGCACAAGACGAAAGUGAAGUGAAGAAUGAGAGAACGGAGACCAGUGGGGUACGAGUACAAACAGUCCAUCGCAUAACGCUUACAUUUCCUUGUCCAUCAGAAUCAGUUGGACCAACGGAUCCGACUGAAAUUGAGACAGUGCUUCUUUCCCAUUCAUGGCUGUGACCGUUUCAUAUCCCAGCUUAUUGACCAUCCGAACUGCUAGCUUCAGGUUGACACGAUUGUCGUCCACCACGAGGACCUUGCCAACAGGAGCAGAUGUUGAGGAUGCCGAGGACUCCUUGGUAGUGUCGUUGCUGGUGGUGGUACCAGAUGCGGGAGGUUUUGCCUCACUCUCAGUCGCAGUCGACGUUGUUGUCAGGGAUUGUCGUAGUUGUUCCUCGGCAUUUGCAUGCGAGGGCGGUGACUGGAUGGUGCAUUUGUCGUGUUUCAGUAGCUGACACGAUGUGGCCUCAUUGACAGGGCGAUAAGGCAAGGUGAAGGAAACGGUGGUGCCAUGAUGGAUGGUAUGAGUUGAGGACCACAGCUGCAUUUCGCCACCCAUCAACUCCACGAGCCGUUUCGAGAUCGUCAAGCUGAGGGAUGCAAGAAAACGCGAUACGUAUAAGCGGCAUAAUACCCUUGUAAUGCUUGGUCCUGACCCACAAUCAAUUGCCUUCACUUACCCGAGUCCCGUCCCUCCUAGUUCAUGUGAAUCUCGGCUGGGAUGCACCUGAGUGAAAGCUUCGAAGAUGGACUGUUGUUUUUCUUCUGGGAUGCCAACACCAUUGUCAGAAACGGAAAACUCCAUCAUCUUCCCCGAUGAUGAACCUCCUUUCCCUUGUACCAACUUCACCCCAAAUUCGACUUUCCCGUUAGAGCUCCCCUGAAUGCCAGUGAAUUUGAGAGCAUUGUUAACGAUAUUGAGCAAUAUUUGUUGGAUUCGUGCAGGGUCGCCCAUGACCUGGGCAGUUUGGCAGAUGGAAUUACCCCCACUGCUGUGAUCCAGGAGGGUUUGCUGACUUGCGCAGCUAACAUCCAUAAGCUGGGAUGUCGAGUUGUUGGUGAAGUCCAGUUUGACCUUUUUUCCUGGCAUGAAAUUUUCUUGAAAUACACUGGCACUUUGCCCCACCAAAGCCAAGAGUUCGCUUGGGGAAUAGGGUUUGUCGUCAAUUUGCAGCUGUCCGGCUUCAAUCUUGCUAAUGUCUAGAAUAUCACUAACGACUGCCAUGAGCAGUUCCCCAC